AUGUCUACAAUUAUCAAAGGCCAGCAGAAAAAGAACUCACAAGCUCCCUCCAGUACCAACGGUUCCUCGACUUCAUCAGCACAAAAUGCGAGUGGCACAUCAUCUCGUACAGUUAAGACUAGCUCAUCGAGUCCCGCAAAGCGUGGUGAUGUGAAGGAGUCCAGUAAACCAUCUCGUACAGUAACCGCUAGCUCAUCGAGUCCCGCAAAGCGUGAUGAUGUGAAUGAAUCCAGCAAACCAUCCCGGACAAAAGCGGCAAGUUCAUCAAAUUCCGCCGGAGGCGGCGACAACAAUUCUGAUCGCGGUAACGAUCGCGGUAACGACCGCAGUCAUCAUGGAUCAAAAGAUUCGUCGUCUCAAACUUCGAAAAAAGAUGGCAAGAAGCCAGAACUCAAGCGCUCAUCUACUAAGGAUCUCUUAGCGAAGCUCACUUUAUCGCGAUCCGAUCAAGAACUCAUAAAAAAGUAUAAGCACCUCGAACUGAAACACUUGGAGCUAGAAAGAAAAAGGCCGGAUCGGAUGGAAUGGGUGAGAGCUUCUAUGCAGGUUGACCUGUGGGAGGGCACAUACAAGGAAGAAAAGAGGGAAUACGAUCAAUUCGAACUGGAAAAACCAAGAAACGUCGAAGAGAUUAUUCUGAAAAAGCGCAAGUUACAGUAUUCAGAACGGAAACUCGAUGCCGCGUGGGAUACAUAUGACAAGGUGAAAAAUGAAGAUGGCCAAAUUGUUAAACAACAAGAACCUAUUCUUGAACAGAUGCCAGAUAAACACCCAUAUAAGAUAUGGUUUUUGAAACAGAUAGAGAUGGAGAAAGCUUCGAAUGAGAAGCAUAAGAAGAGAGCGGAAAAGAGAGAAAAGGAAGCAAAAGAGAAGAAAGAUGCCGAGUGGCGUCGAAAGGAGAGGGCGCAACGGCUUGACGAGAAAGCCGAAAAAGAAAGAUACCCAAGGGAGGUGGGAAAUUCUAAGCCCCCGCAAGCCUCAGGUUCCCAAUGGUGA